AUGGCUUACAAUCAAAUGAUGAAGCAGCUCGUUUCUGUGGAUGGGAUACAAAGUGGCGUGCCCACCUUGACAACGCCCACCUUAACACCGACAACUUUACGCAGCAUCGAAGAUACCUUUAUACAACUAACAAAUGAACCAAUCAAUGCACCUUUUCAGGCUGGUUUUGUCCCUCCAUCUUAUUGUUUACCAUAUUCCACAAGCGAAGCCAACGAAACUGAAUCCGAUGUCGAUUCACAAGCAUCUUGGAAUGCCAACCAUUUAAAUGAAGAGAAUUCUAUGGCCACUACUGAUACUUCAAGUGCCGCAACUGAUACCGCUUCUUUUACUGGCUUAAUCAAUAAUUCGUUUGGAGCUACCUCAAAUGCAUCGUCCACAAAUGAUUUUACCGCCAUAAAUAUAGCUUUAGCAUCGAAAGCAUCAGUUAAAAAUGCAACAAGCCUUUUGGGCAAUUCAACGAAUAAUACCUCAAUCAGUGCCACAACAACACCACGUCGUAAUCAAGGCGGUCGCCGACCAGCCAAAGACACAAAUAUGACACCAGAAGAAGAAGAAAAGCGACGCAUACGACGUGAACGUAAUAAGUUAGCUGCAGCACGUUGUCGUAAACGACGCGUCGAUCAGACGAAUGAAUUGCUGGAUGAAGUUGCACAGCUUGAGAGGAAACGAGAAGGUUUACAAAAAGAAAUUGAAAAUCUAAAUGGCGUAAAACGUGAUUUAGAAUAUGUACUAGAAGCACAUCGUUCCACCUGUCAGAAAAUACAAAGCGAUAUCUUAACAGUACAUACCAUUGGUGGACUUAUUGCGCCGACAAAUACCAAUAGCAAUGACAGCACCGGUACUAUAACAGGUCUAGAUACAACACUAUCCUCUGCUGGACGUUCUGCGUCACCACUCGAUCUUAAGCCAAAUAUCUUGGGCGAUACGAGCGUAUUUGGCGAUAUGGUGCAUAUCAAAAAUGAACCACUCGACACACUCGAUUCCAUGAAUUCAUCACUUGAUAACGACGAUGAUGGACCAACAUUACCAAAGCGUCUUCUGCUCAGCAAUAAUAAUCCAAUGAUACCAAUGAUACCACCAACAUUACCACAUAUGGCAACAAUCACAGCAUCCUUGGCAGCUGCUGCCUCAGGUUCAUUAAAUACGCCUGUUGUCACUACGGCACCAGUAAGUUUCGCUUCAUUUAGCAACACAACAUUGAACGCAUUGAAUAAGCAACCAAAUAGCAGUAGACAACGACCAAAUUCAUUGCCCACUAUGCCACGGAAUUUAGCCGCUCUGCAUGUGGACGGCAUGUCUACGAAUAUAAAUGGAGUGCCUAUACAAACACCAACGACAGGCAUGUUAAAUUUCGAUUCCCUGAUGGAUGGUGGUACUGGCUUGACACCAGUGUCGGGUCCAUUAGUGCCAACAUGCUCCUCACAAAACAAGCAUCCACUUGAGCUGACCACACCCACAAGCGAACCAUCCAAAUUAGUUAGUUUAUAACAAUAGAAACAAACUAAACCAAGUUGUUGCCUGCAAUGAAGUUGGAGGCGUGAAGUUGCUGGAGCAUGAAAUCAACAAAGCUGGUCUUGGCUGUAUGGCUGCAAAGUUAUUAAAUAUUAAAUAUUAAAUGUUUCGCAUAGAAAUAGAAGUAAAAUUAUUUGUUAAAAUUA